GAUAAAUGCUCCCUACCAAUUCUUUCCGGCUAUGGAUCGGCAUACUAUCGAAAGUAUGCGUUUAAUGGACAACGGUGCGUCCCGUUCACUUAGGUGCGUGCUGGAGGAAACGCCAACAACUUCUACACCGAGGCAGAAUGUCGGAGAGAAUGUGAGGACAAAGUGGCGACUGUGGCCACACAAACCACACUGCCUACGGCGCCGAGACCAAAUACGGUUGACAAAUGCUCCCUACCCAUUGUUUCCGGCUAUGGAACGGCAUACUAUCGAAAGUAUGCGUUUAAUGGACAACGGUGCGUCCCGUUCACUUACACUGGUGCUGGAGGAAACGCCAACAACUUCUACACCGAAGCAGAAUGUUGGAGAGAAUGUGAGAGCAAAGCGGUGAAUCAGGUGAGAGGAACUUCGACAUUUGUGACGCCGAAACCGACUACACCUGCUAAAUGCUCUCUACCGUUGGACCGAGGCCGGGGGACUGCUUCUAUUCCAAUGUACGGAUUCGAUGGAUAUCGGUGUGUGUCGUUUGAUUACGGAGGAUAUGGAGGCAAUGCGAAUAGAUUUUUCAAGAGGCAAGAUUGUGUUAGAGAGUGUGAAAAAUGACGCCCUCCUGACCUGGUCCUUUCAGGCUUGCGUUUCACUUUGCAGCAGAUUGCUUUACGUGCUCU